AUGGGUUGGUGGCCAUGGAAGUCUAAGAAGGAUGAGUCGGCAUCUGAACCAGUAACUGAUUUGCCUUCUGCAUCUCCAUCGGAGCCUGCACCUUCGAGUUACUCCAGAGGGCAGAAGAUUCUACUCGAGGAUACUAGUCCGAAAUUCAACAAUGAGAUGUCUCAAUCACAAUUAGCCAAUUCCAAGGAGCAGAUUAAUUUUAAACAGGCAUGGGGUACCGUUAGUUGGCGAGAUUUUUCCGUUGCCAAAUUGACCUCAAUUCCAUGCUUCAGGGAUUCGGGUCUUAUUGGGUUUACCAGCAUGUUCGUCAUGGGGGGUGUUACUUUCCUCUAUCACAAAAAUCCAUCUAGGGCAUUUAAUUGGUCUAUUGGUGGUCUUUUACUUGGAUCUGUUGUUGGAUGGGAGCAGUGUAGGAUGCGUCGCAAACGUAGCUUCCAGAUUGCACAGAUGGCUAAACAGACGAUGGCUAAUAAGGAGAGACCAAUGCGUAGAAAUGUAGAUCAUGAUGAAAGGAUUAAGGGCCAAUGGGAUAAUCGCCAUGAAACUGCAAGUGAACAGCAUGACGAGAGGAAGAAGCCUUGGUACAAAUUUUGGUAA